UUACCACGCCUGCAGUUCAUCCGAUCGGAUCUCUCGUCUACGCCAAUGUUUUCCACAGCGACAGAUAUCUGAGUAACUCCUUCCGCUCCGGCUACAGGCUGCGUGCGCACAGCCACAACGCUAACAACAUCGUUUACUGUCCUCACAUUUGACCGCGGUUUUACUUUAGAAACGCAGAUAGUUGAAGAUGACAGACCGUUACAACAUCCACAGUCAGCUGGAGCAUCUGCAGUCGAAGUACAUCGGCACAGGCCACGCAGACACCAGCAAAUGGGAAUGGCUGGUUAACCAGCACAGAGACUCAUACUGCUCCUACAUGGGCCAUUUCGACCUUCUCAAUUACUUCGCUGUCACUGAGAACGAGAGCAAGGCUCGAGUCCGCUUUAACCUGAUGGAGAAGAUGCUGCAGCCGUGUGGUCCCCCAGCUGACAAACCUGAAGAUGCUUAGGACCGUUUUGACUCGGUCCCUACAGCCGGAUGUUUUCUGUUCAUUCAGUGCUGGGUGACCUUUGAAUCCUCUUGCUUGUGAACCAGUCAAUGUUUUCUCUUUUUUUUUAUGCUUCUUUUUUUGUGAUAUUUUGUAUAGAUUGUUGAAUUACAGAUGUGUUUGAAGAAAAUAAAAUUGAUACCUUAUCACAAA